ACAUUCACAUGGAGGAUCACAUGGAGGAUCGCGAUGCCAAGAAGCAGCUGCGGAAGGAGAAGAACCGCGCCAGUGCAGCUGCCUCCAGAGCACGCCGCGAGGCAUAUACUGCUUCCCUAGAAGAAGAAGUUGCGAAGCUGAAGGAGGAGAAGAGCUGGUUGGAAGGCCAAGUCAACUCACCAGACCACGCGAUGCCAAUGUCACUGCCUGCCAGAGCACCAAUGCGCCAUUUGAGUCUUUGAAGUUUCUGGGAACUUGUGAGCACUUGGGCCAUCGUGGGUCCCUUCAUGUUUCAUUCCUCUGGGCCAUGAUUGCCAGACAUUCUUUCUAUACAGCUGUGCUAUUGUGGAACUGGGCAGCCCAUGACCAGACAAAACUGGAAUCCACUUGUGAUGUGUUACUGUUGCAGCACUUUCAAAAAGGUUGCUGACUUACUGGUCCAAAGUUGGGAUUUCGUUUGAUACAGCUCUGGUUACUAAGUGAACUUUGCUACACUGGUAUAAGCUUAUGGCUCCAAGCAACCAGGCCGGAAUAUGGUAAGCUGUCCAUAUGCAAGGGGACAGUCCUUACAAGACUCGUGAGAAUAUGUUUUCAAUAAACUUGAUUGAAUCUUGUGCGCCCAGUGGGUACUUAGUAGCUACGUAUACGUAUACGUAUACUUAGUAGCGCUACUAGCUAUAGCGAUCACUUGUAUAAAUACUGAUGACUCG